GAGGAGGUGGGGGUGUGGAUGGGCGGAUGUGGGAGAUCAGUGGGAUGGGGAUGUUGAUGAUUGGUAAUUUGUUUAUGAUAUGGGAGAAAUAUGUCGACACAAAGGCAAGAGGAGGAUCGCCGCGGCAGCGAAAGAGCCGGUAAGAGUCCCGAUAUAUGUAUGAACCGUGGACUAAGAUGUGGAAGUCGGUUGUACUCAAGACCCAUGAUCAUGUUGAUGAGAUUACAGGCCUGUCUGUCUGCCUGUCUGAGCCGGAUGGUUGUCUACCGGUUUUGGGCGAUAUCGGCGGGCUCUGGAGAGGAGGAGGGAGGGUUUCUUCAAGAUAUCCCCGGAUUUUUGUUUGCUCUGUUAACCUUUGAUGUCGCGGGUCUGUUGUGGCUGGCUGGCUGGCUGGCUGGCGUCUAAGCGUAUGGUUGAAACCUGACUUCUUCCUUUAGCGAGAAGGUGAAGCUACGAAGCUACGUUCUUACGCAGAAACAAGAAUAUUUACCAUGUUCAAAAAUACAUAUGACUGAAGUAUGGUUGUAUCAACUAAACUCCAAUUCACAAAUUGUGCACGCUC